AUGUCAAAAGUUGAGAAGAACUACAAGACAUACGAUUCAGCAAGGUUCAGGAAACUACUACAUGCCAAAUUGAACUCUUCAAAAAGUCAACAAGUAGAUGAUGGCGAGUAUCUGCUAAGGAAAGACAACAGUGAUUUGGUCAUAUAUCUACUCUACCUUUCAUUCAUAAAUGAUGUUUUAAAAGAGGCACGCAAGAAGAGUAUAGGUCCAGGAAAUGAGGGCGAGAUCACGGAACAGAGAGUAGAAAAGGCUGAAUCAGAAGUAAUGGAUCGCUACAAGAUGUGA